AUGCCUCCCCAUCAAAAUCCGUCCACCGAUGUCACACCGCCAAGUAUCCGCGAGCAACUCUCCACACUCAUCGCUAUUUCUGCCGCUAAUGUUCGCCGUCUUGAUGCAAUUAUCACACAAAUGGCCACUGUCAACAUCCUCAUCGACAUUCAAACCGAGACCAUGGCCAAACUCAUCCCGCAUCCACCUCCGUUGCCACCAUCGAAUCAGCAACCAAGGUCGCCGCCGCCGACAUCCACACCGCCACUGCCGCCGCCACAACAAUCGUUACUGCCACCGCCGCCGCCACUAUCUUGUGAAAACCAUAAACAAUAUUGGCUAACCUUUUAG